AGCUGAGCUGGAUUAACAGGGCGAGGGGGAAGGGGCCUGCAGAAGGGACUGGGGCUGCCGGCCUCCCGGGGUUCCCUGCAUUCGCAACGUGGCAGGCAUGGCCCUCGGGGCUCCACGGGGUCUGGUGUUGGGGUGGCACAUGUAGGCACAGCUGGCGCUGCCACCGCCUGAGCCCCGGUGCGUGGAGCAGGGGUCCCCACGCUGCCCCAGGGUCAAUGGGGGCAGCUGGGGAGGAGUGGGUGGUGGGGCGGGCGGCUGUGCUGGGGGGCAAGGCGCACUGGGGAGGCUUCUGGUCAGGCUGCCCUGGCAAUCAUCUGCUGCCAUGAAAGACUUCACUGAAAUCACGCUUUGCCCCGAGACUCUGGAUCACAGCAAGACUGAGUUCUGCAACCCUGUCUUUGAGGGCGAGGAGCCCCGGGCAGCGCCAAGCGCCGAGCGCCCACCGGGCGAGGAUGGGACCAGCCCUGCGUCACCCCGAGACGGCCUCGGCUGGCGGCUCUGGGGCCAGGCAGGCUGGCAGUACCGUGCGGACUGCAAGUUCACCUGGCUCUGCGUGGCUCUGAUGAGUGCCAUCCUCCUCUUCCUCAUCAGCCUCCUGCUGGGCAUCGUCAUCCACCAGCUGACGUCCCCGCAGCCACCCAGUGCCACAGCCUUGCCUGCCCGUGGCACUGCCACCACCACCGCAGCACCCACCCGAAGGGACCCCCCAGCCCACAAAACAGCUGCCACCCCAACCCAGAGCUGGCUGCCCACAGCCCGCACAGCAGCACCGGCCUGCGGUGGGACCCUGCGGGGCCCCGAGGGCUCCUUCAGCUCCCCCAACUACCCCGGCCCCUACCCGCCCGACGCACUCUGCAUCUGGCGCAUCACGGUGGGCCCCGGCCUCGCCAUCCAGCUGAAGAUGGAGACGUUCAGCGUGGAGGGCACUGCCUCCUGCCUCUUCGACCGUGUGGAACUCUACGAAGAGCAGGGGGCCGGUGGUGUGGACCCUUCCCCAGCACGGGGGGCCCUGACCAGGUUUUGCGGCAACGUGCCCCCCCCGACCUUCAACACCAACUCCAACCACCUGCGCGUCACUUUUGUCUCCGACAGCAGCGUGGGCGCCCCAGGCUUCAGCGCCCGCUACCGCGCCGUGGCUCCCAGUGAGAAGAGCUGUGCCUGGGACGAGCACUUGUGCGACCAGGGGCUCUGCCUCCACCUGGGCUUUGUCUGCGACGGCUUCCACGACUGCGUAGACAAGAGCGAUGAGGCCAACUGCAGCCUGAAACACAAAGAGUGCGGGGGGCUGCUGACUGCCUUGGAGGGGCACUUCUCCACCCCGAGCCAUCCCCAGCCGUACCCACACCAGCAGCUGUGCCUCUGGCAGAUCUCAGUGCCCAUGGGCCACAUCAUCGACCUGCGCUUCCACAACUUCAGCCUGGAGUCGCAUGAGGACUGCAGCUUUGACUUUGUGGAGGUGCACGACAGCGCUGGCACGGGGGCCGCCAGCCUCAUGGGCAGGUUCUGCGGCCACCAGGUACCGGGCACCCUGACGUCCUCACGCCAUGUCAUGACUGUCCUCUUUGUGGCGGACGAGGGAGUAGCAGACGAUGGUUUCUUUGCCACCUACCAAGCCCGCAAUGCCACAGAGAAGACCUGCAGCCCCGCAGAGUUCUCCUGCGGGAACGGUGAGUGCCGGGCGCUGGAGUCUGUGUGUGACGGCUGGCACGACUGCCCCGACGGCACCGAUGAGCUGAACUGCACUGGGGUCUCCUACCCGGCCUUUGGGUCUGUCUGUGAGCCGGUGGAAGUAGAGAUGUGCCUGGGGCUGGGCUACAAUGCCACCUCCUUCCCCAACAUCUGGCUGGCCAUCCCAGACCAGGAGGGAGCCGCUGAGGUGCUGCAGGACUACCAGACGCUGAUGGAGCUCGCCUGCUACCAGCACCUCCGCCUGCUCAUCUGCAGCCUCUUUGUGCCCAAGUGCACCCCAGAUGGGGGUGUCCUGCAGCCCUGCCGAGCCGUGUGCCUGGCUGCCGAGCUGCGGUGUCAGCAGUCCCUUGGCCUCCUUGGCAUCCUCUGGCCCAUCAACUGCAACAUCCUGCCUGACUCCAAUGACCCCGUAGAGUGCUUCCAGCCCUGAUCCGGCAAGAAAAGAGGAGCAGGGGUGAAGCAGCAUGCCCAGAGCUGCCCCCCUUCCCCUGCCCCUCCAUGUCCCUCCCAUCCUCCUCCUGUUGCAAAUACCCAGCUGCUGGGGUGGUCCCCAUCAGCAGCACCCCAUUGCCAGGCUCCUCACCUGUCAGCCCCUCUGCUCAGUGCUCAGCUCAGUGCCUGGAUGCCAGGGGCUUGCCCGCAGGACCAAGUCCCUGGGGAGCAAGUGCCCCUUCCCAGCCUUGCUACAGGGAAGGGCUGGUGCUGGAGGGGCUGAGCCCACAGGCUGGAGCUGUUCGGGAGACACCGUGACAAGUCCCCCUGCCAAGCAGCAGGAUGGUGGCAAGGGAGUUCGGCGCUGCCUCCUCAUCCUCGGCCAAGCCCAGGCGUGCUGGCCAGAGCUGUGCAUGGUUCCCAGCCCACUUCUCUCUUCCAGCUUCUGCAGGCUGUGCACGACCUCUUUCCUGCAGCCCUCAGGCAGCUGCUAGCCUAGCUGGGGAAGGGUUAAUGCCUCCCAAACGGAGCAAGGCUGGGCCGAAGUGAGCCAGGCUGCAGGCAGAAGAAGAGCCCAGGGCUGCCUGUGUCCCACAGCCCCAAAGCCAGAAGAAUAAACAGCGUGAGCAGCUGAAAAACCCAAUGAAGCAGG